CAAAAUGUUUUACGAAAAUAUAAACGGCAAAGAGUAAAUAAGCGGACUGGGUUGCCGCAGGGCGUUGGGGGCAGACCGACCCUAAAAUGGAAACGCGCCCGUAUCUGAUCUACAUUUAAUUACUAGCAAGCACGUGUAAUUUGACUACAUACAAUUUUAAACGCAGCUGGUGUUCCUACUCAGCACAGUAUAGCUGGAGCCGGGUAACACAAUGGUUCUCCUAACGUCUCUCUGGCGGACAAUAACCCAUACUAAAGCCUUGGAGGACUCCAGUGGCGAAAUAGAAACUACAUUUUUUGAGUCCUUAUAUCGCAUCACUUAUAUAGCAGGGUUGUCGAACUCGGACCAUAGCUUCUUCUACAAGCUCUACAGCAACACCGUGAAGCUAAUAAUAGCAACGUUCAUAAUGGGGGAGGUGUUGUACAUGAUCACCAUCGUGUCCUCGCUGGACAUCGCCAUCGAGCAGAUGAAUGCCAUCCUCAUACUGUUGAUGGCUGUGUUUCGGUAUAAGUACAUGCGAAUGCACGAGCCCGUCUAUAAGAAAUUGGCAACAUCCAUGCAAUUCUCAAACUUGGACACGUCGACACCCGCGAGGAAGGCGCUGGUGGAGUACUGGACGGAGAGGAGCGAAACAUACUUGAAGCUUAUGGUGGGAUUGGGCAGUGUGACACUAGCAAUAUGGGAUGUUUACCCUUUGGUGGACGACAUAGAUUACAAUCUAAACGUGGGACUGUGGCUAGGCGUGGACUUCAGCAGGCCCUCGCGGUAUCCCAUCGCGUACACCUUGAACAUCGUCGCCUUCCACUGUGCUGGCAUGUUCAUAAUGGUCAACGAUACCAUCAUGCAGACGCACCUCAUACACCUCGUCUGCCAGUACACAGUUCUGGCUGACUGCUUCGAGAAUAUUAUAGUCGAUUGCGAGAAGGACUUUGAAGGUUUAAGCAGAGACCAACUUGUUCGUGACAGCCGCUUCAGAGAAGUCUACAUUUUCCGUCUGGGCCUCCUGGUUGAACAACACAAAAAUAUUUUGAUGCACACUAUGGAGCUCCGUAAGACCAUAAGCCUGCCGAUGUUGGGACAGAUGGCAGCAAGCGCCAUGCAAAUUUGUUUCUCGGGUUAUCAAGUCGCGACGACAUUGACCGUUAGUCUCACCAAAUUCUCCAUGAGUCUGCUGUUCCUUGGAUACAACUCGUUCGAACUGUUCGUCCUCUGUCGAUGGUGCAAUGAGAUUAAAAUUCAGAGCGAGAACAUCAGCUACGCGAUGUACUGCUCGGGCUGGGAGUGCGGCGUGGCCACCAUGGCAGGAGUGCGCGCGCGCCUCAUGCUGGUGGUCACGCGGGCCUCCAAGCCGCUCGUGCUCACUGCGGGCGGCAUCACAGACCUAUCGCUCGAAUCCUACUUUAACUUGGUGAAGACUUCAUACAGUGCUCUUACAGUUUUACUUCGCCUGCGUCACGAGUAAACACCAGAUUUACAAAAAUUUAAGCGUAGCUAAAGCUUAAACAGCGUGUAGCACAUUCCCCU